UCUGCGACAAGUUUGUUACAGAAACUAAAGAUUCUUCUGCAACUGAAAAAACGACCGCAAAGUAUAUUAUUCGAACUUCAAAUGGCCAUUCUUCUUCUUCAUCAACUCCAUCGCCUAACCCUAGCCCUAAACCUCAACAACAAUGCUCCGCCAAUCUCAACCCUCUUCGCCGUCAUCUCCCUCCUCCUCGCUCCUCUCCCUCUCCUUCAACCAAGACCACACCUGCUUCUCCGCCUCAACGAAAACCGGAUUUCGUGUUUUCAGCUGCGACCCCCUCCGUCAGCUUUUCCGACGAGUAUUCCCCGGUGACGGUUUCAGCCACGUCGAGAUGCUUAACCAGACUAACAUACUGGCUCUAGUCGGCACCGGGUCCCACUCUCAGUUCCCUCGUAAUAGCGUCGUAAUCUGGGAUGACUACCGCUGUGAGUCCGUCGGGACUUUAUCCUUUCAAGGUUCCAUUCGUGGCGUCCGUCUCCGGCAGGAUAGGAUUGUAGUGGUAUUGGAGUUUAUGGUUUUUGUUUACAGUUUUGGAGACUUGAAGGUUCUUUGUCAGUUUGGAACGUGUGAGAACCCUAAGGGGUUAUGCGUUGUUUCGCAGCUGAAAGAGUCGAUGGUGCUGGCGUGUCCGGGAUUGCAGAGAGGUCAUGUGCGUGUGGAACAUUUUCCGAAGAACAAAAUCAAUUACAUUCGGGCUCAUGAUUCGAGAUUAGCUUGUUUGGGUCUCACGAUUGAUGGAAGGUUUCUAGCCACUGCUAGUACUAAGGGCACACUCAUUCGCGUGUUUGAUACGAGGAAUGGUGCUCUGCUUCAGGAAGUAAGAAGGGGUGCAAUUUCAGCAGAGAUCUAUAGUUUGGCAUUCUCUUCUACUGCUCAGUGGUUGGCAGUCUCGAGUGACAAGGGUACCGUUCAUGUCUUCUGCCUUAAGGUUGAUAUCACCAAUAGUGAUCAUAAAAUGUCACAAUGUUCAACAAACUCCAAUGCUUCUACUACAUCAUCAAGCUCAUAUCUCUCAUUCAUUAAAUUUAAAAGAGUCUUGCCAAAGUAUUUCAAUUCAGAGUGGUCAGUUGCUCAGUUUCGCCUGCAAGAAGGCUGUCGUUACACUGUUGCAUUUGGGGACCCAAAUAAUACACUCACAAUUCUUGGCAUGGAUGGAAGCUUCUAUCGAUGUGAGAUCUACCCGAUGCUUGAUGGACAAAUAACUGAUCAACUUGAAUCUUCUAACUUUCUUAAACCAGAACUAGCCUCAUGAGACGCUUCGAUUCUUUACUAAGAUUUUGAGUAGGAACAUUAUUUUAUAGAUGUAGGCAGAAAUAACAUUGUUGUUUAGUCCAUUAUCAAAAUUAGAGGCUCAAGCACCUUGUUAAAAGAUGGAAAGAAUAGCUCACUGAGUGAGGAUUAAACAUUCAUGGAUUGAGAGUUUUAAUGACUCUUUAGCCCUCAAAAAAUGAGUGAGCGCCUAUCAGAAGUAGCAGUUUUGGUGAAGUUUUUCAAAAAGGUGAACAUUAAACAGUUGUAAAUUCAAAUUUUGGUUUUCAAUUUGAUACUUAAGGAGAUACUCUUUUCUGUCUUA